CACAACUACCUACUACAUUCCGACCGUUGGUGUGUCUAUAGAUUGUAUUAUUGUUGCCCGGCAGUCUCUGAUAGUGAACGCACGCGGGAGUUUCGCUUCGUUUUUUCUUUCGAAAAAACAUCGACGCACAACCGAGGAAAGACUGAUUUUGCUGGCUUCUGAUAUAUAGCAUACCGGGCCACUGGGAGGUUAACUUGUGUGCGCACAGUGCGGAAAGUUGCUGUAUCAUAUACACGUAUUUGCGUAUAUCUCACGUUUUCUCCUGCGCAAUCAUUAAAAAACAUGACUUCGACAAAGAUCGAGUUUGACGUGCAGAUGACAUGCCAGAAAUGCGUUAAUGCCGUGGAGAGUGCACUGUCGAAAGUGGAGGGGGUAAAUAGUUAUCAGAUAUAUUUUGAACAAGGAUCAGUCGUUGUUGAAACAAACUUACCUCAUUCGAAGAUACAAGAGAUUAUUGAGACUAGCGGGAGAAAGGCUGUACUUAAGGGUUAUGGAGAGUUUGAUAUUAGCGCUGUAUCAAUGCUGGGAGGCAAUUCGGGAUACAGUUUUGGUGACUUAAUCAGAGGAGUAGUAAGAUUUGUCCAGACAAAAGAUGGAUGUAUAGUAGAUGGUACAAUCGAUGGAUUAAGUACUGGCCCUCAUGGCCUACAUGUGCACGAGUGUGGAGAUAUAUCAAAAGGCUGUGAAAGUGUGGGUGACCACUUUAAUCCAAAUAAUGCACCACAUGGAGGACCAAGUGACUUGCCAACACAGAGGCAUGUUGGCGAUCUGGGGAAUGUAGUAGCAGAUGAGACAGGAAGAGUUACGUUCAGAAUAAUGGAUAAUCUUCUCAAGGUGGACGAUAUUAUUGGAAGGUCUCUGGUUGUUACUGAAAAGGCAGAUGAUCUUGGCAAAGGUGACGAUCCUGCAUCCAAAAUUGAUGGGAACAGUGGAAAAAGAUUAGCUUGUGGCAUAAUUGCAAGAUCAUCAGGACUUUUCCAAAAUGCCAAAAAGAUUUGUGCUUGUGAUGGGCUUACCUUGUGGGAUGAAAGGGACAAAAGCAUCAACAAGCAGAAGAAUGGGAGCAAUGGUGUCAUAUCAAACAAUGCAGUAUGCAUUAUUCUCUAAGUUUAAUUUUGUUGUUUUUAAUUUAUUAUCAUUGUAUGAUAGUCUUGUUAUAAAAGUUAUUAAAUUAUUUUAUAUCUAUUUUUUUCUGCUAUCAUAAUUUGCAAUGCUUUCAGAGAAUAACCCAUAAUUCCUUUUUUUAUUUCAGUGAACCUGGUUGAAUAGGUUUGAUAACACCAUGAAUUUUCCAGAAGUGCAGAAGUUUACUUGAAAUUACAUUCUAUGUAAUCAUUCCCAACUGAAGAGCAAUAUUUUUUUAUGUGUAAAAAGAUAUAAAGGAUAUUCAAUAACAAUGUUA